GCCUCUCGGCGGCGUGCUGUCUCCAUCCCUCCGCUCAGCAGGAUGGAAGGUGAGCUGACCAAGCUGUUGUACGUCCACUCGUCGUCACCUUUCACGCCUUUCCCAGUGUCUCUUGGUAACUUCAUUGCUCCUUUAUAUUGAACAGACAGUCAUUUUUAAGGGGGGGUGGGAAAGAACAAAACAUCACAUAGACGGAACUAAACUGCUGUGGAAGAGGGUCGCCUUUUAUUGGAUGGAUGAUUUCCAGUCGUUGGUGAAUGAGCUAAGGUCAAGCUGGUUGUGAAGGUGCAGGACUUGUUCCCCCCUACGCCCCAGGCCGGAGACAGUAUGGCGGCGGGAGUGGCGGCAUGGCUUCCUUUCGCCCGGGCAGCGGCCAUUGGCUGGAUGCCUGUGGCUAAUCUACCUAUGCCCAUGGCACCAGCUGAGAAGAACAAACGUCAGGAUGAGUUAAUCAUUCUGAAUGUCAGUGGACGGCGCUUCCAAACCUGGAGGAAUACGUUAGACCGCUAUCCAGACACCCUAUUGGGCAGUUCCGAGAAGGAGUUCUUCUACAACGAAGAGACAAAAGAGUACUUCUUUGACCGGGAUCCUGAUAUGUUUCGUAGCGUACUUAACUUCUACCGCACGGGCAAGCUCCACUAUCCUCGCAAUGAAUGCAUCUCCUCCUAUGAUGAAGAGCUUUCUUUCUUUGGCAUUAUCCCGGAGAUCAUUGGUGACUGCUGCUACGAAGAGUACAAGGAUAGAAAGAGGGAAAAUGCAGAGCGUCUGAUGGAUGACCAGGAGGACAAUAAGGAUGCUAAGCUGCCCAACAUGACCUUCAGGGAGACAAUGUGGCGGGCUUUUGAGAACCCUCACACGUCCACCAUGGCCCUAGUCUUCUAUUACGUUACUGGCUUUUUCAUCGCCAUCUCUGUUAUCACUAAUGUGGUAGAGACGGUUCCCUGCGGCACGGUACCCAACCAGAAGGAAGUGCCAUGCGGCGAGCGCUACACCGUGGCCUUCUUCUGCAUGGACACGGCCUGCGUCAUGAUCUUCACUGUGGAAUACCUGAUGCGCUUAUUUGCUGCACCAAGCCGCUACCGCUUCAUGAGGUCUGUCAUGAGCAUCAUAGAUGUGGUGGCCAUCUUGCCCUACUACAUCGGCCUGGUGAUGACUGACAACGAGGAUGUGAGCGGCGCCUUUGUGACGCUCCGAGUUUUCCGUGUGUUUCGUAUCUUUAAGUUCUCCCGUCACUCUCAGGGCCUUCGCAUUCUAGGCUACACUCUGAAAAGCUGUGCCUCAGAGCUGGGCUUCCUGCUCUUCUCCCUUACGAUGGCCAUAAUUAUAUUUGCCACCGUCAUGUUCUACGCAGAGAAGGGCUCAAGCUCCAGUAAAUUCACCAGUAUCCCAGCCUCCUUCUGGUACACCAUCGUUACUAUGACAACCCUCGGGUAUGGAGACAUGGUUCCUAAAACCAUUGCAGGGAAGAUCUUUGGCUCAAUCUGCUCUCUGAGUGGGGUGCUGGUAAUCGCCCUGCCUGUUCCUGUCAUCGUGUCCAACUUUAGCCGCAUCUAUCACCAGAACCAGAGAGCAGACAAACGGCGGGCGCAGAAAGUACAGAAAGCCCGCUUGGCCAGGAUACGAAUUUCCAAGACAGGGAGCUCCAGUGCCUUCCUCCACAACAAGCGGAAUGGCCUCUUCAAUGAAGCUUUGGAGCUCACGCAACUUCCGUACAAGAUGAACCUUUCAGAUCAGGGUUCUAUUGAGGACGAGCAACAGAUAAAUAAGUCCACCUCUCUGUUGGAGAGCCAGCGCCAUCACCUGCUGCACUGUCUGGAGAAAACCACUAACCAUGAGUUUGUGGAUCAUCAGUAUUACCAGCAGAGCUACAUGGAUGCUGGGCUGCAGAAUUACCCAUCUCGGAGCCCCUCCCUCUCUAGUCAAGAGGGCGUGACGAGCACGUGUUGCACCCGCCGCAGCAAAAAGCACCACAGCCCUUUGGCGAACGCCAGCGCCCCGGCACUCAUGCAGCCUUUGACGCAUGCACACCAACAAGGCCUGCAGGAGCUCAGCACCAUCCACAUUCAGCCCCUCAGCACCAGCCGCUCCAGUCUGAACAUGCGCAUGGACGAGCAAGCGCCCCUCAACUGCCAGGGCAGCCAGAUCACCACAGCCAUCAUCAGCAUCCCCACGCCACCAGUCACCACACCUGAGGGCGACGGCCACCUGCCAGCAGGCCCCGCCCACCAGAACGUUGUGAAGGUGUCCGCCUUGUGAACGUGUCGUCUUGACAAGACAGUUGAAGACUUGACUGUGACAGGCAAAAAAAGCGGACAUAAUGUUGGACGAGGAAGACAUGGUGGGGACUGACCUCUGCUGGCCAUGUGCUGUAACUACAUGAACUUCCUGUACAGAAGAGGGAUUAGAUGCAGUACAUCCAUGUUAAUAGGUGUGUGUGUGGGUGUGUGUGUGUGUGUGUGUGUGUGUGUGUGUGUGUGUGUGUGUGUGUGUGUGUGUGUGUGUGUGUGUGUGUGUGUGUGUGUGUGUGUGUGUGUGUGUGUGUGUGUGUGUGUGUGUGUCGCUGAGCACAAAGCACCUUUUCAUGAUUUAGUUUUACUCUUAGAAAAUAAGAGGAUUUGAGUGGAAAAAGACAAAAAAACCUAUCAUGUUGGUAUAUGAGCAGGAGAUGAGUUUCACAUUUGUAAAUGAGCGUGUGCAUCUCCUAGUUAGAAGACUCGUGUUGUUGUGCGUGGAAAGUACGUGCCUACCAUGGAGCGUGUGGGAAUGUAGUCUAAGUCUUCUGGAAGUCUAUCUAAUGCUCUGUGUUUGCUAUAGUUGACUAGCCGCCACUCCUGUGGGUUCAAAGUAUUACAUUUCUGUCCAAAAUCCUCAGCUCGGGGCCUUUUUAUACAAAAUGUGCCAGUUCUGUCAGGGUGGAAAUGUUGGUUUGUGUUGAUGGGUGUGAAUAUUGUUCUGUGGUCCUCAGGCUCUAAUACAGUGGUUCUUAACCUGGGUUCGAUCGAAUCCUAGGGGUUCGGUGAGUCGGCCUCAGGGGUUCGGCGGAGGUCAAGACACAUCCGACUCAUCGUGUAAAUAAAAAUGUCUCCCUAUCGGCGUAUUACGGAUACGGCAACAGCUGA